AAAAAAUGCCGUGGUCUCUAACAGUUCCGUCUCCGAUUUUAUGCAAAUCGGAUGGCUUAUCCUUCCCUUCAUCUCCUCGCAUCAACGGCUGUCAUUCGCCAUCGUCCCCUUCAUCUCUUCCGUUAUGCACUCCGACUUCACCUCUUCCACUUUCAUCCAUUUCCGUUACCACGCCGCUAUCUCCGUCAUCAUCCUCAUCCUUGAAAUCUCCCUUGUCCCUUUGCAUCCCGAAGCCGCCGCAGUUUUCUUUGGGCGCCGAUGCGGCGGUUCCUUCGCUUGCGAAGAGGAAGAAGCCACCCAUGAUAGAGAUACCGACGCCGGUGGCGGUUAAGAUGGGAUUUGCGGCGGUGACGCCCAGAGGAGAGGAGGAGGUUCAGGUGGAUGGAGAAGGCUAUUCUGUUUAUUGUAAGAGAGGGAGAAGAGGUAAAAUGGAAGACCGUUACUCUGUCUCUGUUGAUCUUAACGGAGAUUCUAAACGGGCUUUGAUGUUUUUGCAGGCUUUCUUUGGAGUUUUUGAUGGACAUGGUGGUUCAAAGGCAGCUGAAUUCGUGGCGUGUAAUUUAGAUAAGGCGGCAAUGGCAGAGGUAUCAAAAAGAUGUGGAGAUGCAAUUGAAGAGGCCCUUAGAGAGGCAUACUUAACCACGGACAUGGAUUUUCUCAAGGAAGAUGUGGGUGGUGGCACCUGUUGUGUUACUGCAAUGAUUCAUAAAGGCGAUCUUGCUGUAUCAAAUGCUGGUGAUUGCCGUGCUGUUUUGAGCCGAAACGGUGUCGCAGAAGCCUUGACUUCUGAUCACCAUGUUUCAAGGCAAGAUGAGAGAGAGAGAAUUGAAGCUUUGGGUGGUUAUGUUGAUUUUUGCCAUGGGGUUUGGAGGAUUCAAGGUUCUCUUGCUGUUUCCAGAGCGAUUGGAAAUAAACAUCUUAAAAAAUGGGUAAUUGCGGUACCAGAGACAAAGUUGUUAAAGAUUCAGCCGGAGUGCGAGUUCUUGAUCAUGGCCUCGGAUGGUCUUUGGAACAAGGUUACUAAUCAAGAGGCAGUUGAUUUAGUUCGACCUUUCUGCGUCGAUGUUGAUAAGCCUGAGCCAUUUUCCGCUUGCAAAAAGCUUGCUGAACUAUCGUCAUGGAGAGGCUCAUUUGAUGACAUUAGUGUGAUGAUAAUUCAACUUGAACGGUUUGUUUCUGGACCUGUUUAGGGAUUAUAAUUGUUUCGAUGCUAUUCGAGAAAGUUUUUGCUCCACUUGCAACUCUUCCUUUAUGAAUCAUAAAAACUUGCAGUUAUUAAAACUUGCAAGUUUUUGGUAUUCGACGGUGGACACUGAGUUUGCUUCAUCCAUUAUCCUUCUGGUCAUCUAACGUGGUAAUGCGCUGCAGCCUGCAGCUCAACGUUCCUUUGAUUGAUCAUUCCCUAUGCCGACAUGUUCGUUCAGGUUCUCAAGUUGCUUGUAUUUGAGUUCCAAUGGAUUCCCACCACCGUGAAAUCGGGGCGCCAAUGAAAUCACGACGGCAGUGUGCGAUUUUGCCUUUUCAGAAGAAA